UUGACUAUAAAACAUGUAAACGGAGUCCAUGAGAUAACAUAAAGUUUCUACAUUCAGGCCUGUGCGUAGGAUUUAUCAACCCCGAUGAAAUCUCUUUUAUUACUUCAGUCCAUAAAUUUCAUGAGAAGCUAAAAUGAACAUCGGGACAAAACUGCUCGUAUUUCUUGCGGGAACGGGAAUCUUGACUGCCUAUGUCUUCUUUAAACCAGUUCCAGACGGUUUUGCCGAUGCAACGCAGUACCGGCUAGCGGCGACUCUGAUGCAAGUAUUUGGGAAUAUUAAUUAUGUAAAGAUGUGUUUACGGGACCGUCGAUGCCCUAACGUCUUCGAGGAGAUUCUGGAUACCUUUGCCAUAGGCAAAGGCUUUUUUGUGGACCCUCCGGAAGAAGUACCUGGGUCAAACAUCAGGUCAAGGAUGACGUCAUUUGAUGGUAUCAAGGUCAGAGUGUAUGAGCCAAUCAAGAGAGAUGGUGAAGGGGAAAUGCCAGCAUUCUUGUACUUUCAUGGCGGAGGUCUGGCAGUUGGCAGCAUCGAUCUUUAUGAUCCUGCCAUGCGAAUGAUUGCUGAAAGAGUAGACGCUAUUGGGAUUGCUGUUACAUACCGUCUAGCUCCUGAUCAUGUGUUCCCUGCUGCUUUCGAUGAUGCAUUUGCAGCUACAAAAUGGUUCCUUGACCAUGCUCGUGAGUUCGGCGUUGAUCCCAGGAGAGUCGCGCUAAUGGGGGACAGUGCCGGCGGUCUUCUCACUGCCCUCGUAUCUGGUGCGAUCACGGACGAGCCUUCCUUGCCCGACAUCAAGCUACAGGUCCUACUGUAUCCUUGGAUUCAGAGCUUCGACCUAAACACUCCAUCCAUGCAGAAGGCACGAUGUCAGAAAGGUGAUUUCGGACAAAUCCCUGACUUGGCUAGCAUCAUGCCGUACUUCGUCACAGCCUAUGUCUUUGGCAAUCACGACGACCACCUUGUCCGGAUGAUUCAAGCGAAUAACCACACCUCUGCUGCCUUCAAGCAAUCAGAAUUCUACCAGAAGCACCUUAGCCACGACAUCAUCCCAUCCCACAUGAAACCAGAUUGCUACGUUCCUCCGGCAUCGUACGACGUCGGUGACGACGAGAUCUGGGAUAGCAUGAAGGACGUUUUGACCUCGACGAAGUACUCGCCGCUCUAUCGGGAAGACUUUACUAACUUGCCUCGCGCGUUCGUCGCAACUGUCGGCUACGACUGUAUACGCGAUGACGGGAUAUUCUACGCCAGACGUUUGGAUGAUUCGGGCGUACCGGUGAAGUGGGUGAAUUAUGAAAAGGGUUAUCAUGGAAUUCCAUGGUUUGGAGAAAAAGCGUUUGAAAUUGGAAGGCAGAUGGCAGAUGAUUUUAUCGAUUAUAUGAAAGAACAUCUCUGAUCAAAUCGAUGAUUUUCAUCCUACUUACAAUCAAUGUUGACAAUUUCUAAAUAUAAGCAAAAAUUUUGAUAAAUUUCUAUUUUUUUUUAUUUUUGACAGAAAAUACGGGUGAAUGUAGAGGUUUUGGUGUAUAUUAUAUAAAAAAAAGUAUUUGAUACCAUAAUAACAAUGAACAUGAUAAAACGUUCGGUGAGCGAUUCAUUAAUACACUAUCUGACAAGUUGGCAGACCGGCUUGUUUCAUCUCAUGUGUUAUCGCGUUGGGUCGGGCAAUCGCGUACACCGACCAUUCGAGAAAAGAAUCACCUAAAUUCCCGAAACGUAGGAUCAAGUUUACCAGACCAUUUGAAAAAAGGCAACUCUAAAUUCUCAAAAGGUAUAGGGUCCAGUUCCAAUUUACCCGAUGUCUUGCGAAGUUAUCGCAAAUUUCUCGAAUGGUCGUGUAAACGGGAAAGAAACUGGACGGAAUUUUGGUGGCCCCUUUCUCAAAUGGUCGCGGGUAUAGGCCUACGCGAUAGGCCCUACGCGACAACUGGCAGAUCAGGCAAUUUUUCUUGGAUUUGAUUGACUGAUAUGAUUGUAACUUUGAUAGCCUAUUGUUGAAUGUUGGAUUUUGAAAUGUGUCAAUGCUGAAAGCUUACAUGAAACAUUCCCUGAAUGAUAUUAGCACAAAACCAAUCAUUGUCGAGAUCAUUCGGAAAAGAUGUUUCGAUGAAACAUAUUUUUUGCAUCAUUUUACAUAACGAACCUUGAUCAGUUUAUAUCGAGUUCUUUUUCCAGAGAAUAUUGUUUUUAUAGCAUUUCUAUUUUUUUUUAUGAUUGUUUUAUAUAUAUAUAUAUAUAUAUAUUGUAACAAAAUGAAAGGUUUAUAUAGUGUUCAACAUGGCUUCGGAACGGUGAGGAGCUUAGGAUAAUUUUUAAUCCGUGUAUAUAGUUGCAUAUGGAAAUUCGGUAAUCGUUUAUAAUCAAUUACGUAAGAAACACUAUUUUAUUUUUAUUUGCUGAGAAACAACGAUCUGUAUGAUUGUGAUCAAAAUAUAUAUUUGAUUAUUCUACACUGUUUGGGUAUAAAUAGAAGUGACAGUUACCAUUGCCGUUUCAUGACUUUAACUGUUUUUUGAAUGCUUGAAUAUUAUGGGUAAUGCAAUAUUUUUGACAGUAAGAGGAUUCUGCACGAAAAUCUGUCCAAUGAUUGGAACCUAAUGCGACAGGGUGAGCAUGAUUUCUUAAGUACAGUUAUAAGAAAUUGA